AUGCAUGUCGGUGCGGAACCCCCUUUGAUCCCUCUGACGUCGCCCUCUCUCUUCGUUUCAUCGAUCCCGCAUUCCAGCGAGCAUUCGCCGACGUUGGGAAGCGACGGUUCCGAAAAUCGAUGUUCGGAUGUUGAUUUGAAGCAUUUGAGUCUUCGUGUACGUUCGGUGUUGCAGGCUGGGAAACCACCCUGGCGCUGCCCUCCUGUAAACGGGUUAUUGUCCGGUGCGGAAGUUAAUCGCUCGCCACCGCCUUCCGCACCUCCUCUCGUUCGCCGUGUGGUUCACCGCCGCGAUGAUUCACGUGAAUGUGACACGAGUGUCACUGGUUGCCAUAUGAACACCGAUGGGGAGAAUAACAUUGGGGACGGUAAUGUCGACAGCACCAACAUGGUAGUGUGCAGUGAUGAAACCCCUAGUGUCAUAGAGAACAACAAGGGGCUGGUAAAAAAUCACGAUAGCGGUACCAACAGAGAGACUAACAGUGAUGGCAGCGGCAAUUUACAUGUCACGGCGGGCAAUGACAACAACGACGUUGCAAUUUGCUUGGACAACGAUGUUAGCUACAUCAGCGGAAGCCCAUACGGAACGAUGGACGGUUGGCCUGCCAGUUGUGGCAGCCCUUCUGAUGUUGGAAAUCGCGAGAGGAAUGCAUUAAAGCGGCGUUUCGCCUUGGGAGAGGUGCUCGCCCCAUCGCCGCUUCGGUCGUCCACUACUGCUGAAGUGGAGUCUGGUUAUUAUAACAGUCAUCGCCAGCAGCGCCGCCUGAUGGAACAGCAACAGCAGCGUCAUCACUCGCAAAAGCGACGGCAUAGAGAACGAGUGCACUCUGCCGACAAACAGAGUGGGCGAGAACGUGGAAAGGAGAAACAAGCACUGAAUGACGCAUUAAAGGUGCUCUACAACGCUGCUGCAGAAAAGAUGGCUUCGGCCAGGCGUGCCACUAGCGCAAAGCACAGGUCCACUUCAGGGAAUCAUAGAAAAAAACUUACAGCCUCCGAGUCCUGCGCCGCCGUGCCUCGGCACCAUGAGGUGAAGGAUACCACGAAAAGUUAUGAAACGCGCGAUCCAGUGCGCCGUUCAAGGAAGCCCAGGGCUGAUUUGGAUGUCGCAACCAUAGAAGCAGCAACGCGAAACAGAGAGCGCACCCGAACGUCCUCCUCCCGGCGCGGAACACUGAAUGAUGAGAUAUGCAACUUUAUCAAGACGUACAGAGUGCAUGUUCCCUCUCCUGCACUGACGUGGGUAGAGGUAGCGGCGCCGAUGGUGGAUGUAAGCGAGGAUGAGGGAAUAACAUCCCCAUCCAAGGUUCCUUCUGUUUCAACGGACUCAUUGGAUGUGGCAGUGGAAACGACGACCUUUACCAUCACCGGAAAAAGUAAUAAGCCAAAGGUGGUCGCGGGUGAAGGCACAACCAGUGGGGAGAACGGCGUUGACCGUGCUGACGCGGGAAAGAAAGAAGUAGUGAAUGAAUCCAAGACUAGCAGUGAUCAAAUUAACUCAGUAUCGCUCCAAGUGGCAGUACCGAGUGCAAAUCUCGGUCAUUACACUGUGCGUUACAUUAAAAUGCAGGUGGAGAAGCAGCUGGGAGUGAGCGCUGCGCAGCAAGUUUUAUAUCUUGGUAGUGUGAUGCUGCGCGAUGAUGUGCCACUUUCCUUCCUACAUCCGUCGAUGCCCAUUUACAUGGAUCACGACGAAAGUAACACGCAGAAGGUAACCGAGGAGGAAGCAGAAGAGAACAGCGGCAACCCAAGUGGUGGAUCUGCUUCGCUUGAAGGACAUGGUAAGGAGCAAACACAGUCACAAGAAAUUGAGCCGCCGCAGCAAGAGUUGCCUUUACCGGAAGCACUUCAGCAGCUGGAGCAGUUACAAGUACUACAGCAACAACAGGUACUAGAGAAUUUGAAGGGAUUGCAACUUUUUCAACAGAAACCCGAGGUGCAACAACAACAACAGCAACAGCAACAACGGUCUGUUUCGCAAAGUCCAACGCCACUCUCACGGCUGGGUACUCUUACGGGCUCUCCAAUGCGCCCGAGACGCCCAGCGCCUUCACCCUUCACUGCUGCACCGGCGGCGGAAAGUCAGCGUAGCGUAAGUGAAUCCGGAGCCCUGCGGGUGGUGGGAAGCAUAAGCGCCCAAACCCCACUUAACGCUACUCAAACCUCAUUGCGCAGCACCGGAAAGACGCCACCGGCCACGCCAUUAAUUGCUGUGGCCGCUUCUGACAAGCAUGAAGGAAGUGACCCACAAACCCAACCUCUAGAGGAGCUGUGCGACAGCGGGGAGAUGUUAGAAGAUGUCAUCUCGAGUACGAUUGAGCAAAUGAAAAUGCUUGAGAGUAUCCAACGAAGCUUCCUGAAGUCUUAA